GGGGUUUUUUUAAUAAACAAUUGAUGAUUUUUGUUGUUUGUUAUAAUUACAACAUUGGACAAGACUACUUCGAAAUGGGAUUGUCAAGCAAAGCACAUAAGAAAUACGCUGCGUGGGACGCGCACAGAGGGGGAAGACAAUCCCGGAAAUAACACGCGUACACGCAGCCUGUCACGUACGCUCAGGAGUGGAUUUGCAUUGCUGUGGGCUGCCACACCCAACUCAACCUCAAAAUGUUUCUACAAUAGUGCACGCCACCAGACAGCUUGGAGGUGGAGGGAUGCUUGUGAAGGACAAACAAAAGUCGGACCUGAAAGUGGUUGCAACAGAGCUCCUUUCCGUCACGGCACCCAGCGGCUCGGCAAGAAGAUGAAGCGCGGACGUGGGCUACGUGCACAUCCUACGGCGCAUGAUGAGAUGAAAUGGAGCGUUGGGGGCUGGAGGACCUUUUAAAGCCGAGAUCAGUCACAGCUUCAGCGCCUCAGGAUAAAAGGAUCAGCGGACAGCAGCUUGCCUGUCCACCGGUAGAAAUUGUGUACACUUACCCGGCGGACAUGGGGCUCAAUGGUUUGUGCGGGCCAGCAAUCGGAGGUCCGAACACUGAAGAUUUUCUCGCAAGUCUAGCCGACCCCCCUGGACUCACGACCCCGACGAAACAAUGCAGAACCGGCGCGCCGCUCUACAACGGUGAUGUCGCAUCUCCGUCUAUGGAGGGGAGCCCACCAGGUGCGUUAGCUCAUACACCAAACCCAGCGCAGAUAAAGUGCACAGCAGGGACCCCCGUGUACCCCCUGAGCAGCAGAGCCUGUCUAGUGGAGAAUGGGGACCCUGUUUUGAUGAGGAGGACCAACAAUGAACUUAGAGCCAGACAACUUAAAAGGAGAGGUGGAGAGAACCGGGACUUGGGAUCUGAGACACUAGAUUUAAGCUGUUCAGAAGAUUCAGUUUUUGCCAUAGGGGAGUCUGACUUGAAGCGGAGGAGGUUGGCCGAUGGAAGUAUUGCUCACAAAUGUUCCAGGGUGACUGCCGACUGCAGUAAAAGUUGCUAUGGUAACCAGGUGAUUUCCAGUCCUUGUGUCGCUCCCCAGACACCCCUCACCCCUGCGCUCCCCCCGAGUAUCCAACACAACAUAUAUCAGGUGGCAACCCCCGGCCUGCACGGUCAGACCUCCCCCUUGGAGGAAAACGGCAUCCUGACUUUGUCCCCUCCAGAGGCGGCCGGCUGGUCGGCGGAACACAUCGCCCUGCAGUACAUCGUGCCCUGCAUGAAGUACUACGGCAUAUUUGUGAAAGACGACUUCCUCGGCUGUACGCUGGGCGAGCGGGUCUUGGAGGAGGUCGAAGUCUUAAACCAAAGCGGGAAAUUCCGGGGCGGACAGCUGGUGAGCCAAAAAGGCAUUCCCUCUCGAAGCAUCCGGGGCGACCAGAUUGCCUGGGUGGAAGGACAUGAGACUGGAUGUAAGAACAUUGGGACGCUGAUGACCCAUAUUGAUGAAGCUGUCAUGCACAGCGCGGCCAACGGACAGCUGGGGGACUGCGUCAUUAACGGACGGACGAAGGCCAUGGUUGCUUGUUACCCAGGUAACGGUGCCGGUUAUGUCCGUCAUGUGGAUAACCCUAAUGGCGAUGGACGCUGCAUUACGUGUAUCUACUAUCUGAACAAGAACUGGGACGUCAAGAUGCAAGGAGGGUUGCUGCAGAUCUACCCUGAAGGCAAAAAUGUGGUUGCAAACAUUGAACCCUUGUUUGAUCGACUGCUAAUCUUCUGGUCCGACCGCCGGAACCCACACGAAGUCAAACCAGCCUUUGCUACUCGCUAUGCCAUCACAGUCUGGUACUUUGAUGCCAAAGAGCGAGCAGAGGCGAAGGAGAAAUAUAGACUGGCAACGGGACAGAAAGGUGUUCAGGUGCCUGUCAGUCAGACCAGCAGGGCAUGAAUCUCAUCUUAAUGACCGGAGAGCAAGCAUGGAAGCACCAUGUGUCUUUCUGAGCUCUUAAUGGACGUCAUAAAGGAAGUCGCUGUUAAACUGUCACUCCUUUCUGCAUUUAUGGAGCGUAGCGGAUACAAAGUCUUGCGGCUUGGUGAUAUGAGAGGAAACAAGUGGUCCUCUUCUUCAAAAAAAUCUGACUUCUCACAGGUUUUUUUGUCUGCAUUUAGUGAUAUGUCAGGUCAAAGAGGAGAAACUACAAUACAGCGAGGAGAAUGUGGUACUUGUUCAUUCAGUACUGACUUUACACACGAAGCUGAGUUAUUGCGAUCUUUCAAAUGAGAGAGGCAUAUUAAACAUUUCAGGACAGAAUUUCAAUAAUGCACAUAGCAUGAGGAAAAACUUUACAUAUGGGGAUCUCUGUAGAAUCGAUGUGGACAGAUCACACAUCAUAGUCUCAAACAGGGUCUCAUGUAAUUGUGUGCGUGUCAUACACCUUUAUGCAUACCUCGUACUUGUUUAAAAAACCAGUAGAAUGUAAAAACAAGUUGACUUUAUAUGCUUAACUGUGUUUCAUUGUAUCCAUUAAACGAUAACCUAUCGUAUUCACAAUAUGCAAAGUAUGUGAAAAUACUGUCAAAACAUCACAAAAUGCCACAAUAUCAGAUGGCCAUUUAGAAUAUUCUGCUCCGAAACUCUUCGGCAAUUUCCGUAGAUUCUGGGUCAGAUGACGUCACGGUGCACUCUGACUAUAUCAGCCGAUCAGUCAUACUGGAAAUGUGCAAACACUAGAAAGAGAUGUGCUGUCUAUCAAUCACAAAUCCUAUACAAGACAUCAAAACGUUUUUCUUUUUUUAUGCAUUCUAAGUCGUAAAUUUAGAAAAAAAAAAGUUUGCUAAUAAUUGAGUCAGUUGGAGCUCUCUAUUCCGCCCACAAAACCCCAAUAACCAUCCAAAACCCACCAACAACACUCUAUUUACAUAUCGUGAUAUCGACCUGAAAUAUAACCAAAUAGCAAUAUUGUUAUUAUAAGCUCUUACGCAGACUAUUUUUUAGCCGCACAUUGAUAAGCACAAAAUGCCGCUCAUCUGGAUAUUAGGAGAAUUUAGCAAUGAAUCUAAAAUGUGUUUAUCUGAUACAUUCAAUUUAUACCCGGAGAUGGAGACAAAGACACGACAACUGAAGAUGGUGUCCUUUUAACCCUUUGUGUUUAUUAUGAUUAUCAUUAAUAUAAAUUAGAAAAUGUGGACAUCCUGUCAGUCGUCAUCGCAGUGAGAGCAGACAUUGUACAGUAAGCUAUCAUUUUUUAAUCUCUGCAGUUUGUAUUUCUUGUUUAGCACUUAGCAAUACUGCUACAUGAUGCUUAGUGUAUCGCUGAAGUUGGAUCUGUUUAGCAGAGCUUCUAAAACUUGUAGCUCACCCCCCCUUAUAUUUAGGAUAAAAAACAUUAAGGUUCCGGAUCAUAAUUUUUCCCACAGUAAUUGUUGUUGGCUCUCACAAAUUCUGUAUGAGUUGCAUUGUUGUUGGUGGGAAAGGGAUCUGUGUGUUCCACUUGUGGCUGGCUUGCUCAUUAUCUCUCAAAAUGGCCCGGGAAUCUCCUGUGAGAUGGAUACAAUUUCGAUCAUAUUUAUUUUCUCGCAGACUUUGGUAGUCUUUUGGUGUCAUAAACCAGAUAUACAGUAUAUGAUAACAGCUUCAAUAUAGAGGCAACUUGUUUUUCUAUUCUACCGGUACUUUGAACAUGACAAAAACAGUACAAAAGUGCAUUGCAGAAAAUGUAACUAAAAGAGGUAACUACUGUAGAUGCUGUAAUUAUAGAAUGUAUUUACUGGAAUCGCAGUUGUAAACAUCAGUAUUGCAAGUUUUAGCAUGCAUGAGUUUCACAACUUUUGGACACCUGAUGACAAUACAAGAUUCUGACGUUAAUUGAAUAAAGGCCCUAAUUGGAGCAUUUACGAUAUACAGUAUUUAGAAUGAAAAAAGGAUAGUGCACACUUAGAGCCACACCUGUAUUAUGCAAAACAAUAUGAGCGCUAAUAUUACAAAAAGUCAUAGACUAGUUAAUUCACAAUUAUACUAUGCGUCAUUGAAAAAUACAUAACCCAUGAAACAUUUGAUUCUGAAGUGAAAACUGAUCAUUGUUAGCUUUUUAAUACAUCUUUUGUAUUAGAUUAGAAUAUAGUGGUGUGUUCAAUCCUCAUUAGUCAGACAAUUCAUUCAAAACAUGUUUAGUACUAAGCACAAGUUUUGGCACACUCACUAUAUGUGAGCUGCAGCAUUGCGUAUGUGUGUGUGUACAAGUGUGACUCUUCAAAUGUGUGUUUGAACACAUUAGAACUACUGUUUUGAUGGUGGUUACAGGUGUUGUGUUAGCCUGGUUUAGGGGGGAAAAAGUUUAUUUUACAAAAAAGCACUUUAUCGAGUGAAAUGUGACUGUUACCAGGCAGUUGAAAUAGUAUGUAAAAAGCAAAAAAAAAAAAAAAAAAAAAGGCCAGCCAGUGCCAGAUAAAGCUAAUCUUGACUUGCUGUAGUGGUUGAAGAAAGCGCAAUAAUGUAUGUUUUUUUUUGUUUUUUUAAUGACUGACAACAAUCAAACUUUGUGAAAUGCUGUGUGAAUGAUUAAAAAAAAAUAAAAAUUUAAACUCAGUGUAAGAUUGACUUCAUGGUGUGGUUAUUUAUGGUCAUUGAAAUGCAACAUAUGAAGUGGAACAUGUUUGCUUUUUUAAUUUCUAAUGUAAAAAAUAUGCUAUGAAACAUUAAUUUUAGAACAUACAAUUCAUUUGCUACUACAAAACCAGUGAAGUUGGCACAUUGUGUAAUUGUAAAUAAUCAUUUGCAAAUCUUUUCCAACUUAUAUUCAAUUGAACAGACUGCAAAGACAAGAUAUUUAAUGUUCGAACGGAGAAACUUUUUUUUUUGCAAAUAAUCAUUAACUUAGAGUUUAUUGGCAGCAAGACAUUGCAAAAAAGUUGGCACAUGGGCAUUUUUACCACUGUGUUACAUGGCCUUUCCUUUUAAUAACACUGUAAAUGUUUGGGAACUGAGGGGACUAAUUUUUGAAGCUUUUCAGGUGGAAUUAUUUUUCCAUUCUUGCUUGAUGUACAGCUUAAGUUGUUCAACAGUCUGCGUUGUGGUAUCUUACGCCUCAUAAUGCGCCACACAUUUUCAAUGGAAGACAGGUCUGGACUACAGGCCGGCCAGUCUAGUACCCGCACUCUUUUACUAUGAAGCCACGCUGUUGUAAUACGUGUCUUGGCAUUGUCUUGCUGAAAUAAGCAGGGGCAUCCAUGAUAAUGUUGCAUGGAUGGCAACAUAUGUUGCUCCAGAACCUGUAUGUACCUUUCAGCAUUAAGUGUGCCUUCACAGAUGUGUAAGUUACCCAUGCCUUGGGCACUAAUACACCCCCAUACCAUCACAUAUGCUGGCUUUUGAACUUGGCGCCUAGAACAAUCCGGAUGGUUCUUUUCUUCUUUGGUCCAGAGGAUACGAUGUCCACAGUUUCCAAAAACAAUUUGAAAUGUGGACUCGUCAGACCACAGAACACUUUUCCACUUUGCAUCAGUCCAUCUUAGAUGAGCUAGGGCCCAGCGAUGCCGGCAGCGUUUCUGGGUGUUGUUGAUAAAUUGUUUUCCCUUCGCAUAGUAGAGUUUUAACUUGCACUUACAGAUGUAGCGACGAACUGUAGUUACUGACAGUGGUUUUCUAAAGUAUUCCUGAGCCCAUGUGGUGAUAUCCUUUACACACAGAUGUUGCUUUUUUCUGGUUUUCUGAAGUGUUCUGAGCCCAUGUGGUGAUAUCCUUUACACACUGAUGUCGCUUUUUGAUGCAGUAUCGCCUGAGGGAUCGAAAAUCCGUAAUAUCAUCGCUUACAUGCAGUAAUUUCUCCAGAUUUUCUGAACCUUUUGAUGAUAUUUCUGACUGUAGAUGGUGAAAUCCCUAAAUUCCUUGCAAUAGCUCGUUGAGAAAUGUUGUUUUUAAACUGUUGGACAAUUUGCUCACGCAUUUGUUCACAAAGUGGUGACCCUCGCCCCAUCCUUGUUUGUGAAUGACUGAGCAUUUCAUUAAAGCUGCUUUUAUACCCAAUCAUGGCACCCACCUGUUCCCAAUUAGCCUGUUCACCUGUGGGAUGUUCCAAAUAAGUGUUUGAUGAGCAUUCCUCAACUUCCUCAGUCUUUUUUGCCUCUUGUGCCAUGUUUUUUGAAACAUGUUGCAUGCAUCAAAUUCCAAAUGAGCUAAUAUUUGCAAAAAAUAA